CUCCCCUCGGGUUCCGACAAUCUUCAACUGAGCGUCAACACAGUCUCUCUGGUGAAUUUCUUGGGUAUUCCUAGGUUUACAAUAUGGUUGUGGCCACAAUCAAGUGUGUUGUUGUCGGUGACGGUGCGGUUGGCAAGACCUGCUUGUUAAUUUCGUACACAACGAACAAGUUCCCCUCGGAAUAUGUCCCUACCGUCUUCGAUAACUAUGCUGUCACGGUCAUGAUUGGCGACGAACCGUACACCUUGGGCCUUUUUGAUACCGCUGGACAGGAGGAUUACGACCGUCUCCGUCCUCUUUCUUAUCCCCAGACCGAUGUCUUUCUGGUCUGCUUCUCCGUCACUUCCCCCGCCUCCUUCGAGAACGUCCGCGAAAAAUGGUUUCCUGAGGUCCACCAUCACUGCCCCGGUGUGCCUUGCCUAAUUGUCGGUACUCAAACCGAUCUGCGCGAUGAUCCCGCUGUUCGGGAAAAGCUUUCUCGCCAAAAGAUGCAGCCCAUUCGCAAGGAAGACGGAGACCGGAUGGCAAAAGAGUUGGGCGCUGUGAAAUAUGUGGAGUGCUCUGCUUUGACGCAAUACAAGCUCAAGGAUGUCUUUGAUGAGGCUAUUGUUGCCGCGCUUGAGCCGGCCCCAAAGAAGUCUAAGAAAUGUGUGGUGUUGUAAACCAAUCACGUCUCCUACACCGCAGGCUGGUACGCGCCAGAAGAUCGCAGACCUGUCGUCAAGACAUCUCAGACAUGUCGUAUGAUUUUGGAGGAACGGAUUGCUUUAUUUCACAAUACGGAGUUUUGGGACUUUCAUCCGGAGGAGGGGCUGGCUUACUCGACCACCGUCUGACCUGAGACUUUUGUGUGUUUUUGUCUCCGAUCAUUGAGUGAAUAUCAUCAUGCAGCCCGCAGCCCAUGACACCCGAGUGCAAGACCCGCCGUGACUCGGUUGCACCCGGGGAACUGCUGAG